UGGAGAAGAAGCAGGAACCCGUUGUGUUUUACUUCCUCCUGACGGGUAUCGAGCAUCGGGACCGUUAAGCCCGUCUUCCUUGUUUACAUAGAUGCUUCGAUUUACUCACUGGCUUUACUAGGUGUUUUCGCACCUCACCGGAGCACACGUUGCCUGGCCUGCAGAUCGGACGGUCGCGCGAUCGUAGCUCUUCCGUGUGAAGAUGCCACACUGCUGGGCCACGACGUAAUGCGAGUUUGAAUCAUUCAAUCAAUCCGGCUCGAUCGGUAUCGAUAAGGCAGCGCUGGGCCGCUUGUCAUGGAGGCGGGUCUCUCCGUGGCGCUGCUCAGGGACCAGCUGGGCGCCGUGAUCGAGCAGGCGGUGACCGCCGCAGUGGAGACCGUUCUGGGCGAGAUGGCGCGGCUGGUGGGCAGUAAGUUCGAGGAGUUCCGCAAGGAGAUGUCGGCCAAGGAGAAAGAGAACGAGAGCAUCAAGCAGAUGCUGGAGAUCUCGCGUUGCCAGAUGAAGACGCUGCGGAAGUACCUGAGCGCCGUGGGGGCCAAGGAGGAGCGGCAGCUUCCGGGAAGCCGCAGCAGGAGCGGGCAGCAGAGCUGUGGGCCCCUGGGGGAGCUGCAGGGCCCCCCCGCCGCUCCCGCCGCCCCUCCUCCCCCCCCUGUGAACCGGCCGAAGGGCCCCGGCAGGGCGGCCCCGCCGUGGGACAGAGGGCCCUCCAAGUUCCCAACGAGCCAGGGACCGUCGGGGGAGGGAGCGCACGGCUCCCCUGGUGGGCCCUCCCUUCUGAAAGCGGAGGGGCCUCCAGAGGGCCAUGGCGGGCCGUGCCUCAGGAACCAGGGGGGGCGCGAAGCCGCAGGGGGCGCGAAGCCGCCGGCUGCAGCGCAGGAGGGGCGUCUGGAAGCCCCGUGUUCGAACCCUUCACCGGUUUCUAAGGCCGCCGUCCUCCCGGCAGCGGACACGGGCUCCCAGACGGCGUGGGGCACCUCGCUUCAGCCCAAGAAGGAAGAGGAGGAGGAGGGGGCGGACAUCGACGUCAUCUGUAUCAAGGAGGAGCCCGAAGAGCUCGAGGCGUGUUCCCUGGAGCCCCGGCGGUGUCCAGCAUCUGAGGUCUCUGACCAGGGCAGCGAUCUGGCAGAUCAGCAGGACGGUGCUCUGCCUCCCGUCGUGCCCUCGGAGGAGCUGAUGGCAGCCUUCACUCUAGUGAGCCCUGGUACAUAUCCGGACGUGCGUAGCUCACUGGCCGGACCCCUGCAGCAGACCCGGCGGCGCCAGUGGCUCGGCGACGCUUGCGAGGACUACAGGCACCGCAAAGCUGAGCUGAAGCGCCGCAGCCAGCACCGGAGGAGGGAGUUGGAGAAGAACCUACCACAGCCGCUGCUGAAUGCCUUGGUCAGGGAGCGCAGGGAGAAGACCCGGCUGAGGGUGGCUCGCUGGAGGGCCAAGCGCAAGCUGCAGGCCAGCCUCAUGGCAGCGGAUGCGGCACAGUUCAGCUGCCCCCCCAUGCAGACAGUGCAUGGGCAACGCAGCGACCCGCUCCGCUGUCAGCAGCAGCCCAUCGGCGUCCCACAGUUCAGUGGCCUCCUGUACAGCAAUGCGCACAGCGACAGCGGCGCACAUUAUCCCGGUUUGCAGUUCAACUCUCACCCGCUGUUACCCGGACUCAGGCACAACAUAGCAAAUGCGGUCAUGCAGCCCGGGGUGAUGUCCUCCACGCAGCAGGCCAUGCUGGGAGCAGAUGUCCUCAGAACUGAACCUUCGGGGCCACCAGAAGCUACCGGUGGGCUGACAGCUGGGAUUCUCAAACCAUAACAGCAGCUGCAGGUCCACAGCACACAAGUACUCUGAGGAAAGUGCAGGUCUACUAUAGAAAGUUUAGGGUUAGGCAGAAAUCUGACUUAUUUCCUCAAUCAUGUGUAGAACUGAAGAAAAAUGGCAGCACUGCUGUCUCCUGGCUGAAAUGUGGAACUUUAAGCAUUAAUUGACAUUAACGGACACUAAAACUGGCAUUUUUAUGGUAAUGAUCGAUGGCCUAAACUUCAAGGGCGGAUUUUUAACAAAUUUCAAGUUGUGUUUCUUAUAAUGUGUUCCACAUUUGUUGAUUAAAAA